AUGCAGUCGCUUGCUUCACCACUGGCAAAAAGCACUAUGGGGGAUAUCGACGACCUGUGUUACGAUGAAAACACAACUCCAUCAAAACAAACCAGCAACUCUCCUGUUUUUGAGAUCCACGAAGACUAUCAGGACCAGUCCGGUUUUCAAAACCCGCCCAGCUCCCCCUUUCAAGACUCCAUUCAUAUCGAGUAUACAGAUCAGCUUCCUGAAAACCACACCCCUACCGAAGCCAUUACGGUCGAAGAGGACCACCAUUCAGACGAUUACACUCGAGAUACAGACCAAGAUGGCACCGGGAUUGAUGUGGACAUGAAUUACGCAUAUGACAAGCUACAUCAAGAACAGCCAGCUAAUAAGAUCGAGAUACACGUCGAUUGUGACGAGGAAGAUAGGCAGAUUAUCGAGCCACGGUCUACUCGGCAUUCUUUGGCUACCGUUGUUGAGGAGAAUAAUCACGAAAACAUGAGCAUUGUACGCCAUCAAAAUGAAGGCGAAGACUCCAUGUGCAACAGCAACCUCGGAGACGACAGCAUGGGCGACCAUACAAGCCUCAGCGCCUUUUCAGCAGUUCCCAACGCCGAUAUGACCCUUUUCUCCAAACUCAGACACGAAUCACCACUUAAAACGAUACCUAGUCUGCGUGAACACAUCUCUCAGACGACUCCUAGAUCUGCAAAACGAGCGUCGAACAAGCGAGACUCCGAAUUAACGUAUGGGCAACAAGAGUGUGCCUCUACCUUCUCUACCACUCCAGUACGGAAGUACAUGCGCGUGGAUGACGGCGCCAACCUAUUAGACUUUACAGAUCAGAUGAACGUGCUAGCGAACGGAUCACGGGCGGAUUUGGCAUCCCAAUCUCCUUACAGAUCCCGACGUAACUCGACGAGGAGGCCUGGCGGGGAUUCCAGAUCACCUAACAAACUAUCACUGCUGGAUUUCGAUAUACCACCUCCUCCUACUCCUCGAUCUAUACCAUCUAUCACCCCUAGGGAGCUGGAGUCCCUGAAAUCAUCCUUCCUAUCACAGAUAUCAUCAUUGAAAGCCACCUUGAACGGAAGAGAUGCAGAGGUUGCGAGCUUAAAGGAGUCUGUAUCCGAUGCUGAACGCCGCGUCGGGGAGGCAUUGGAGCAGGUGAGAAAUGAGGCUGCUCGAAAGGAUGCCCUCGAAGCGGAGCUGCAUGAAUGGGAGAGGCGAGGCCAGGAGAUGGAAGACGUAUUGAGAACGGUCAAGGCGGAAAUGACUGACGGGGAAAGUGAGAGGGAGAGGCUCGCCCAGAGAGCAGAGGAGGCCGAGAGGUCACGAGAGCAGCUGGAAGGAAAGAUGGUGGAGCUGGAAAGUCAGCUUUCAGCUGCACGACGCAGUGGAACCGCCGAUACAGAGGGCUCGGCACAGCCAAGUAAGGGUAACACGAGUAACUCAGAUGAGACUGCCAAAGAAGUGCAGGAUGCUGUUGAAAGAGUCGCUCGGGAACUACAUACCCUAUACAAAGGGAAGCAUGAGACUAAAGUUGCUGCCCUGAAGAAGAGCUAUGAAGCUCGCUGGGAGAAACGCGUUAAAGAAGGAGAAUCAAAGCUCAAGGAUGCCCUGCAGAAAAUCCACCACCUUAAAUCCGAGCUCAGUGAAGUCAAAUCUAGGCUUGCUGAUGAAGAGACGACCCCGGGAGAUGCCACGAUGCUUCGAGAAAACGAAGGCCUGGAAGCUGAGAGAAGAGUCCUAGAGGCGCGAAUCAAGGGGCUCCAGCAAGAAAUGAUAUCCCUCAAACAGGAUAGCGAAGCCCUGCGCUCAGAACUCAAAGCCGAAAGGGCAGAAAAAGGAGAGCUCGUAGCUGUGGUGGAUGAGUGGUUACAGAUGCAGCAGGAGGUCCAGCCAACGCCAACGUCGUCUGAGAAACCAUCAACACCACCUUCUGAGGAUUACAAUUAUGAAGAAAGAACUGAAAGAGUGCCUGUAUCACAACCAACUCCAGCUGCUGGUAAUAGCGGCAUUCCUCCCAGGGCCUCAGCCACUACGCGACCUCGACAGCUUCCACAGAGCCAUACCCCUAGAAUACCACGAUUCGGGGCUCCAGCUGGCACUAAGAGUGCUAAUAGUAGCAUAGCUGUCGGAAGAACGCCAGGGCGUAGCGGAAUUAUGAGCUCAAUUGAGAGAAUGGGACGAGGGGGUAAUUGA